AUGAAAAUCAUUCCUAUCCAGGUCUUGGAAGACAACUACUCUUACAUUCUCAUCGAUGACACGACGAAAGAAGCCGCUGUUAUUGACUGUGUCGAUCCUAUCAAAAUUCUAAAUGUUGUGAGCCAAACAGGUGCCAAAUUAACCAGUGUGUUUGUUACGCACCACCACUGGGAUCAUUGUGGAGGCAAUAUCGAACUAGUAGCAAAGAAGCCGGGACUUGCUGUCAGUGGUGCAGACGCAAGAAUCCCAGACAUCAACUUUGUGUGCAAGGAUAAUGAAGAGUUCAAGCUUGGUACAUUGGUAGUAACGCCUCUUCACACGCCAUGUCAUACCAAGGGUCACGUCUGCUACUUUGUCACGGAUCACAGCACGAAUGAAAAGGCGGUGUUCACCGGAGACACACUGUUUGUGGCUGGCAUUGGCAAGUUCUUUGAAGGUGACGCGCGGGACAUGUACCGUAAUUUGUUUCACGUCCUUGGCAAGCUGCCGGAUGAUACCUGGGUUUACUGUGGCCACGAAUACACCAAGACCAAUUUAAAGUUUGCUCUGUCACUUGAACCCCACAACGAGGCACUGAUGGCAAAAUGGGCAUGGUGUCAAGACAAGCAAAUCACGGUGCCAUCAACAAUAGCGCAGGAGAAAGCAUAUAAUCCAUUUCUACGGGUGAACGAGCAAACCAUACAGCUGAUCACUGGCAAGAGCGACCCUGUCGAAGCUUUAGCAACGCUUCGUGAAUUGAAGAAUGCAUUCCGAUGUUAACUGCGGCGAUCUCUUUUAGGCUUAAAUAACCUUUUUGCAUACUACUACUACUACUAUGUGUACUACAGGCCAACUAGCUUGUAUGUCUAAUCUGUCCCCACCCGCUCCUACUUCUCCAUCGUGUCUCUUACUUUCCUACUAUAUAGUCUAUCACACUAAUUCUGUAAUACCACAUGACAACGACGCCCUGGCUUUUUUUUAGUAUCUUUUUCUUCUAUCACUUUUGAGGAAAUAUUUAGAAAUGC